AUGGAGCAGGAGGGGGCAAGGCCCUCACCCGAGAAGGGAGCGCCUGAGGGGAGAGACAAGACUGAAGAGUCCGAACCAGAGCAAAACCUGAUUUCAGCCAGACCUGCUUGUGCGAAUAAAUUAAUAGACUACAUCAUAGGAGGAGUUUCCAGUGGGGAGGAGAGCGCGGAUGAUGAGGAAGACUGGGAUGAUGACGGGUUUGAUAGCGAAGGGCUCCCCUCGGAUUCAGACACCGGUAGCCAAGAUGGGGAAAGGCUUCAUCUCUGGAAUUCCUUCUACAGUUUGGAUCCGUACAACCCUCAGAACUUCACAGCCACCAUUCAGACAGCUUCCAGCGAUCUCAGAAAGGAUAUGUCAGAUGAGGAGGAGGAGGAGGAAGAUUCCUCGUGGGCAGAGGACUCCUCGGGCUCUCCUCACCCUAGUUCUGAAGAGGAGGAUGAGUGGGACUGUAGCAGUGUGGAUGAGGCAGAAAACUUGAAACUUUGGAACUCCUUCUGUACCUCAGAUGAUCCGUAUAAUCCUUUAAAUUUCACGGCAGCCUUUCAGACCGCAGAGAAAAAAGGGACGCCAGGUUUAAAAGGACCAGAGAGGCCGAGUCUGGUCACUGCUGAGCGUUGCCACUUCACUGUCUGUCGGGUGCAGUUGGAAAAACAGACCCGUGGGGUCCCAGGCUUUGCGCAGCGUGGCAUUCUUUCUGGUGAGAAAUGUAGAAGCUCCAAGCGGAAAAAGGUAACCUUCCUUGAAAAAGUUACUGAGUAUUACGUAAGCAGCGAGGAGGAUCGUAAAGGACCCUGGGAAGAGUUUGCACGAGACGGAUGCAGGUUCCAGAAACGUAUCCAAGAAACAGAAGAAGCCAUAGGACACUGCUUCACCGCAGAGCAUAGACAAAGAGUAUUUAACAGACUCCAAGAAACCUACUGCGAGAGGGUUGAUGUAGUCUCAUAA